UGUGAAAUAAUAAAGAGUCGUAGUCUGUGGUUAAAAAAUUAAGUUGAAUAAUGACGUUAAUCUGAGCGGUCGUGCGACUAAUCUACCGCUUCGGAUUUCUUUCGUCAUAAAAUUAAAUAAGUGCCGGCCCGAAUCGCGAAAAGUAUCAGACAUCGGUUACAGAUUACAAUCUAGUGUUUCAAUGAGAGACGUUGCUCUUAUUCUAGUUCUGCACAUUUAAACUUAUAAUUCUGUAACAAGUAAUAUUAAUUUAUACGUAAAAUGGGUGCACACGUAUCGAGAAAUGAUUUUGAAUGGGUCCAUACUGAGGAGCCGCAUGCCAGUCGACGAAAGAUCAUUUUGGAAAAAUACCCAGAAAUCAAGAAACUCUACGGCUAUGACCCGAAUUUUAAAUGGGUGGUCACCGGGAUGGUGUUCGCUCAGUUCGUAAUGCUGCCCCUGGUGCCGUAUAUGAGCUGGCCCGUGUUAAUUGUGGUCGCGUACUGCUUUGGAGGUGUUAUUAAUCAUUCCCUAAUGUUGGCAAUCCAUGAAAUCGCACACAGCCUAGCCUUCGGUCACAAUAGGCCACUACACAACAAAUUGUUUGGCUUCUUCGCGAACCUUCCGAUUGGAAUACCUAUAUCUAUCAGUUUUAAGAAAUAUCACUUGGAGCAUCAUAGGUAUCAAGGCGACGAGAAGAUCGAUGUUGAUCUACCGACCUUGGUAGAAGCGAAGUUGUUUUGCACUACUGGUGGUAAACUGGUAUGGCUCUUCCUGCAACCGUUCUUCUACUCGCUAAGGCCGUUGGUGGUGAGACCCAAACCACCAAUGCCAAUGGAAGUAAUCAACCUGAUCUUACAAAUCAUGUUUGAUAUGCUCGUCGUGAAGUUUUUCGGAGGCAAAGCGUUGGCAUAUCUCCUUAUUGGAUCUCUUCUUGCUAUGGGCAUACACCCUGUUGCCGGCCAUUUUAUAUCAGAGCAUUAUAUGUUUAAAAAAGGCUUUGAGACAUAUUCCUAUUAUGGUCCUCUUAACUGGAUCACGUUCAAUGUGGGUUACCACAAUGAGCAUCAUGACUUCCCAGCGGUACCUGGGAGUAGGCUGCCUGAGGUGAAACGCAUAGCACCAGAGUUCUACGACAAUCUACCACAUCAUGACAGCUGGUCGAGCGUCUUGUGGGACUUCGUGACGGAUCCCGACAUCGGGCCUUACGCUAGGAUCAAAAGGAAGAACCAGGGACUUGACAGUUAGGUUUGCAAAAGAUAGUUAAAUUGUCAGUCAAAAUAGGUCUGAUUCAAAGAUAUGUUUGUAUUUUAAAGGCAUUUUUUAUGUCACAAAAUUUAAUAUCAUCCACGAAGAUGAUCUUUUUUAUAUAUAUUUAAUCGGCGUUUAAGUAUUCAAAAUAAUACUGUAAUAAGGUUCUUUUUCCUAUUUUAGCUGAGAACUUAUCAAAUUUUAAUAAAAAAUAACGCAAAAAAAAUGAUUGGCGAAUGUAGCUUUUCCGAUACUCAAUUUGGAUAUAUGUAUAUAUACAGUCCAUAGUUAUAUUACAAGAGUGCGAUAGACCGUAGUUACAAGUUUAUUAUAAAUGUAUUUUUUAUUAAUUGUUUACGAGUAUUUUUAAUAUCAUACGGGUAUGUUUGUUAAACUCAUAUUAUAUAUUUUUAAAUGAUAUUACCGAAGAUAUUAAAAAGAAAAAUAUUUAAAUGUAACAUUUGUUAACAGUCAUUUAAAGGAAUUAGUUGGAACAUUUUUAUGAUAAUGCAUUUAUAAAAUAUGAGCUUAAUUGUAAUCGAAUUUCAUGUGAAAUAAUCUUAGAAAUAAGUUAUAGAGAACUUAGGCAAUUCAAUUUUUUUAUUAUUAAUUAAUGGUAUGAAAUUCGGUCAGUGUUUGAAUUGCCUAAGUUUCGUCAAUUACUUUCCUAUGUGUAGUUUUUGACUAUUAAUCGUGAUCCUAUGAAGUGACCUUCUGCGUUCUGUAUACUAUUGUUUAUUACACAUACAAUGCCAUCUGUACUAUAAUUAUGCAGCGUAUGAUGUGACGGACUAAGGGCGAGUUUCGUAAUUAAAUAUCUAGUUCCACACAUGUAUAGUGGCCCUAAUUUGCUUGUCACAAACAAGUUUAGAAUAAUGUACAAAGAUCUAUGUUGCAUAUUGUAUAUUUCUGUAAGUUGUUGUAAUAAAAUGUAUUAAAUA